CAUUAGACAGACUUCACUGUAGUUUGUUGUUGUUAUCAACCUGUCACAUGUCACUUGUGGAUUUGUGGUGGGUGGGACUGUGCUCAAUGUUGUGGCUAUCGAGGUGUCUGUAAACUUAAACAAUUAAUUUCCUGUUUAGCCAAGUGCUAUCUGGAAGUUAAAUUCUACAUUAAUUAUAAUCCAUAACUCACCAGUUUUUAAAAGAAGAAGAAAUGGCUGUGAGUCCAAAAAAUGCUAUGAGAGAAGUUGUUGUUGAUUGCUUAUCGCAACAAAUUGAUGAAUAUGAGCUACUGAAAUCUAUGUAUCCAAAUCAAGGAGAAAUUAAUUUAAGUGACAAAGAUAAUGUUAACGAAAUAAGGAGUUUUAUAGACAAUAAAACAGAUUAUAUCCCUCCACAUCUAGAUUUCAAACUAAAUCUGCUUGUAGAUGGUCUCAAGUUAGAAAUAUUUAUUAACUUACCCAGCUCUUACCCAAAAGAAGAACCAGACAUUUAUGUAAGAUGUAAUAAAAUGAAUCGUCAGAAUGAAUCAGCUAUAAAUUCACAGCUUUCACAAUAUAUAAAAGAAAAUCAUAUAGGAGAAGUGUGCCUCUAUACAGCCAUUUCAUGGUUACAAGAAAAUGUUGAUAAAUUUGCAUUAAUUUCAGAAGAAAACAAUAUGUUACCAGCAAAGUCUAGUCAAGAAACUAAGGAUGAGUUUGCAAGGCUUUGGAUUUAUUCACAUCAUAUUUAUAAUAAAAAGAAAAGGGAAGAAAUUGUUAAAAAAGCAAGAGAACUGAAAUUAACAGGAUUUCUGUUGGCGGGAAAGCCUGGAAUUGUUUGCGUUGAAGGACAUCACAGUGAUUGUAAAGAGUGGUGGAAAGACAUUAAAUCAAUGACUUGGAAGAAAAUAAUGAUUCGAAAGACAGAAAUCUUUGAGCCUAGUGAAGAAAAUACAUUUAAAAAAUUUUCAAGUUUUGAAGAACUUUGUCUUGCAAAUCCAGUUAAUAAUAAACAUUCAAACAUGAGUGAACUGUCAAAAUUAAUGACAGAACUUGGUCUAAAUCAAAUAUUUAAUGAUUUAUUUGGACUAAAUGAUGACUAAAAUAAUAGGUGCUUCUAAUUCUAAGCGAAAUACCUGUUUGGUAAAAAUAAAUUUUAUUUUACUAUUGUUACAUAAUUAUGAAGGUAAAAUAUAUAUUGUUGGUUAAUCCUUUAUGAUAUUGAUUCUUUUUUAUUUUAUGGUUUCAUGAUUUCUUUUUUAUAAUUUCUUGCCUAAUACUCUCUUCUUCUCUUUUAUUUUGUUUGUGGUUGUUUUAUAAUGUAAAAUUAUGUAAAAAAAGAUUACAAAGAAAUAAAUAUUUUCAUAUUUUUAUAAA